AGGGCUACGGGCGGCCAGCCCAACACCCGUUAUAUGUGACCAGUAGCUCGGUGUACGGCCGCCACCCACCCCCACCCGGCCUGCAAGCCAAGAGGCGAGCCUUCCACAGUCGCUUCACCAAGACCCAGGCACUCGGGGGGAUGUACGAGGACACCCACUUCACCACGGAGACAGAGUCCCAGCUUGUGUACACACCGGCUAAUGACACCCAUACGGGCCCGUAGACCAACAGAAUGUUCGUGUAUUAUGUGUAUAGGCCCACCCAUAGAAUUAUCUCCUUUUUAAUCAUAUUCGUACGUCGUGUUUUACUAUCGUAUUCAUACGACGUGGGGAACUCUGUGCCACCACUUAACCGUAUCCGU